AUGAGUUCUACCUCUUUUCAACAAGACCAAAAAAAGAUCAGGAUCCUGAUCCUCAACCCCAACUCCUCCCAGUCCAUGACCGAGGGCAUGAAAAAGGCUAUUUCCAGCUUGAACCUGCCAGACACCAUCAAAAUAGAUUACUACACAGCCCCCACAGGUCCAGCGAGCAUCAACGACGGCGACGACGUGCAAAAAUCCGCCCAGGAAGUCCUCAAAGACCUCAGCCCCAACGGCAUCUUUGAAGCCGCGACCCUGACCUCCCUGUCUUUGUUGACGGGCCCCACGAAGAAAUGGGGCAUUGUUACCACCGGCAAAUUCUGGGAGGAUCACCUCAUCACUGGCGUUCACGAAUUUCUGGGGUAUGCCGCCGACGGGGAAGAAGGAUAUCCCAAGAAUUGGAAGUUUGCGGGUGUGCAGACGACGGGGUUGAACGCCGGUGACUUCCAUGGAGAUAUUCCGCAGGAGGAGAUUGACGAUAGGUUGGUGGAGGCCACCAAGAAGUUGCUGCAGGCUGGGGACGUGGAGUGUGUGGUGAUGGGUUGUGCGGGCAUGGCUGGACUGGAGCAGAUUAUUCGGCGGACGGCGAUUGAGGAGUAUGGUGAGGAAAGGGGGAAGAAGGUCAUGGUUGUGGAUGGCGUCAGAGCUGGAGUUGGGCUGUUGGCGGAGAUGGUGAAGAACAGGAGGAUGUUUACCCAGUAG